AUGAAUUGUUUCAGAUUUCCAAUUGAUGAAGCGUCCAUCAUCAACAAUGAAUCGAUUCAUAGUAUUGGUGGUGACGAAGAUGAUUUAUUGGACGACGAAGAUCAAUAUGCACAACAAUUGAACGAUGAAGAACCACAAGAAAAUAUUCAUUUGGCUUCAUCUCAACAUGAUCAAAUUCAACCAACCGGAUCCACAGUUGUGGUGCUCAACAAGAAAAUAAGUCGACCAUUUCAAGAUGAAUUCUUAAGUGAAGAUGAUGAACCAGUUAGGAUUCAACCAGAAACUCGACUUAUUACUCUUGUUGGUCUUCUUGAACGUGUUUUCAAUCUUCUUAGCCGAUGCCGUCAACUGAUACAAGACAUGCGUAAUAUUGGUGUUGUUCAAACAUACAUAUCGAUGGAAAUUGGGAACGGACGUGGUUUUACAGUUGAUAUGGUCAUUCGGUGGAAUACCACAUUUCAAAUGCUUGACCGUCUACUUGAACAUCAAACAAUCAUCGACAACGUUGUUCGACGAAAAUUCAAUGGUCUCACUCUCGUUCAAACGAAUCGACUUAAAUUAGCUGCACUUACUCCAGAUGAUUGGGAUGUACUCCGUGCACUCCAUCACGUCUUGACCGGAUUCGAUUCUGCAACAACAAUCGUUUCAGCUAGUCAUUAUCCUACUCUAUCUGAUUCAUUUUGGGCAAUAGCCAAGCUUCGUCAAAUUUUAAUUUCGAAGACAGAUCCUUCUCGUUACAUUGAAAUUUUGAAAAAAACUGCAUUGAAUUAUCUCGAUGCAUACAUACAAAAACAUUUAUCAAAAGAACAACAAGAAGGAAUGCUCAUUGCAGCAUUUCUUGAUCCAGAAACACACAAUGAUAUGAACAAAAAUGAUGUUGCUAAAGCAAUGGAAAUCGUCAAGCAAAAGAUCGGUAAAAUAUCG